AUGGAGUACGACACGCUGAUGCUGGAUGGCGAGACCAUAGGUCCCUCCGUCAAGAUCUCCGAGGCCGACAAUUCUCACGUUAAUUUCGAGCUGAAUAAUGUCGAUCUUGCCUUUGCGAAUUCUCUGCGCCGUGUCAUCCAGGCCGAGGUCCCGAUCAUGGCUAUUGACCUGGUCGAGGUGGAGGCAAACACGAGCGUCCUUGCUGACGAGUUCAUCGCCCACCGCCUGGGCCUCAUCCCGCUAAACUCCAAGAAUGUCGACGACGUGCUAUAUACCCGCGACUGCGACUGCGACCAAUAUUGCGAGCAGUGCAGUGUCAGACUUACCCUACAUGCCAAGUGCCAGUCGGACCAGGUCAUGAAAGUGUAUGCGCGGGACCUCGUGGUCGACUCGAACAGAGCCAACCAAUGGGUUGGCACUCCCGUCAUCACAGACCCUGAUGGUCAGGGAUCAUUAAUCGCAAAGCUUGGCCGAGAUCAGGAGUUGAAGCUUACUUGCAUUGCCAAGAAGGGUAUCGCAAAGGAACAUGCCAAGUGGGCGCCUACUGCUGCUGUCGGCUUUGAGUACGACCCGCAUAACAAGUUGCACCACCUUGACAUGUGGUAUGAGCAGGAUGCUGCUAAGGAAUGGCCCAAGAGCAAGUAUGCCGACUGGGAGGAUCCGCCACAAGAGGGCGAGCCGUUUGAUUAUGACGCUGUUCCAAACCGAUUCUACUACGAGGUCGAGAGUGCGGGCAACAUCGAGCCAGACAUGAUCAUUCAACAGGGUAUCAAGGUGCUGCAGCAGAAGCUUGCCGGGCUUAUCCAGGCCCUUGGUGAGGGAGAUAGUGGUGCUGGUAUGAAUGGCGACUUUGGUGGACCACGAAGUCCCGAGUAUCAAGGGGGUGAUGCAUGGCAAGACCAGGGCUACACCACCCCCUACGGCAACGGAGGAGCCCAGAGCAGCUGGGGUAAUGUUGGCGGCGCAACGCCGUAUGGCACCACCACGCCUUACGGUCAGCCGGGCCAGAGUGGUUGGAGUUGA